AUGGAAGAACGACGAGUGGCUUCCUUCAACAUCGACGUCUUCGCUGACAAAGCCAACGCCAAAGACGUCGUCACUGGCAUUCUUCAUACCAUCUUUUGGUAUCGCAUCUUCGCUAACCUCGAGCCCUCCACGCACGAUGUGCUCGACGUUUCCAUACCUUGGAUACAAGAUGUCGACUUGCAAACGCUUAUCGAACAGCGUGUUGAUCAGUUCGUCCGUCAGGUCGACGCCGACUCCAACGACCAGAACCAGAACACGCGUGGUCAGAUUGUCGUGCAGUUCAGCGAGCGAGAACGCAGACGAAAGAAGGGUUGGUUUGGAGCAAAAGAUGAGGAUCUAGUCUGGGAAACCUGGACGCUGAACAUUGCUCUGGCGUCUCCACGCACUCAUCAAGCGACCACCUCCCGAAAAGCCAUAGAAAAGUCACUCAACAAUGCCGUCAUGAAGAUCACCGAUAUCGUACUACAGAACAAAGACCACGUCCCGCCCAUCACCACUCAAGAUACCAACACUUUCCCAUACCACGUCCUAGUCAACCCCAAGAACGACGGGUGGGGCCAGCGUAUGGCCAUGUCCAGACCUUACAAGGAGACUAUCAAAGCAUUGAUCCUUGGCAUCGGUAGAAGCAUCGGCAAGCUCUUCCAAGUACCGGCUCUUCCAACACUACUCUAG